UACCUGGUGACUCCAAUGCUGGCUGUCGACCUCCGAGCGAUUAUUUCCUGUCAAGACCUCACGGAUGACCACAUCUGCUUUUUGGUUUACCAAAUGCUUCGCGGUCUCAAGUACAUGCACAGUGCGGGCAUCAUCCACCGCGACCUGAAGCCCUCAAACAUCGCCGUAAACGAGGAUUGUGAACUGAAGAUCAUCGACUUUGGUCUGGCUCGGCAGCGGCAAUGUGAGAUGACCGGCUACGUGGCCACCCGAUGGUACCGCGCUCCCGAAGUCAUGCUUAAUUGGAUGCACUAUAAUGAUUCAGGUGGGUAA